AUGGCGGAACAGGGGUUAGACAUGCUUCUGCAAAGCCUACGUACCUACGAGCUUCGUCUUCUUCGUUGUUCAAUCUCACAUGAUCAGCCCCUUGCUAGUUCUCAAAUCUCAAUCACUCCCCAUCCCCUACAAACCUCUAUAGAAUCCGUACUCCAAUCAAUUGAAUCAGGGCACUACUCCAUAGCCUUGACAUCCAAAUCGGCGGAUUUUCUCCUCAAUCUCGACCAGGUAUCGUCUUCCUACUCGGAUUCAAUCACAGAUUCUGUCAGCUCCUUCUUAAUUUCUGAAAACAGUGAAACGAGCACCGAAGAAAAGGCAUUUCUCGUAGUUGCCGUGGCUGUCUCGGCUUUUUUAGCUUUCGUACAGGCUAACGUUACCGGUCCUCCAGAGACACUGCCUCCGUUGUUCACUAAUAUAGCUAAAGAAGACAUAGAAGUUUGGGCACGCAAUGAGGUAAUGUCAACUGGCUCUGAUUUGUUGGGAAAGUUUUUCAGUUUAGAAUACAUAGUUUUCGCCAAGCUACUGUUGUCAACAAUUAGAGCUCAUUUCGGAAACGAAAACAGUACAAUCUUUCCAACGAUUUCAUGGUGGUUAGCUAGGGUAUUACUGAUCCAACAGAAACUCCUCGAUGGCCACUCCUCAGUUCUUUUUCAAAAAUUGCAAGAUUUAAUUCCUGAAACUUUAGCUCAUUUGGGUGAUCUAAAGAAAGUAUCAAGGUAUUGGCCAGGGAUUGAAGAAGGGAAUUUGAGCGAUAUUGUAUCUAUGCUUCACUUAGAGCUUGGGAUCAUUGAUUUCAGAUAUGGACGUGUUGAUUCUUCGAAGUUGCAUUUCGAAUCUUCUGAAAAAGCAUCUGGACUUUCACUUUCUGUUAGUGGUUCUUUAGGUUUCCGAACUGUACAUCAGGUGGAUCCAAAAGCACAGCUUCGACUCAUUACCAAUAACUCAAGCUCCACAAAUGGUCAUUCUGACAAAUCUUCUCAGCAUGAUCCUCAGCUUCAUGAAGCAUCUGAUGUGUUCUUGACACCUAAAUUCCUAGAAUCCAACAAUGAAGGUAGUCUAAAACCAGUCCAACAAGCACUGAUUUUAGCACAAUGUCUUCUAAUUGAGAAAAACACUCCACAUGAUGAAAUGCAAAGGUGGGACAUGGCUCCAUACAUUGAAGCAAUCGAUUCCCAAUCAUCUUCAUUGUUCAUCAUCAGAUCUUUCUGUGACUUGUUACGUAUAAGAUGGGAAAGAACCCGUAGCCGAACCAAAGAACGUGCUAUUUUAAUGAUGGAUAAAGUCGUCCAAGGAAUUUACGAUUCUACCCCUGGAGUUGCAGUUGCAGAAAGGAUGUGUUUCUGUUUCGGUGUUGACUUUCCCACUAUUCCUUCUCUUCGUAAAGAAUACGCAGAUCUUUUAGUCUCUUGUGGGUUAAUAGGAGAAGCUGUAAGAACGUAUGAAGAUCUUGAACUUUGGGAUAAUGUCAUCUUUUGUUAUCGUUUACUACAAAAGAAAUCCGCUUCUGUAGAACUCAUAAACACCCGUCUUUUACAACACCCAAAUGACCCAAGAUUAUGGUGUUCUUUAGGCGAUGUCACAGAUCAAGAUUCGUGCUAUCACAAAGCCUUGGAAGUUUCAGAAAACAAAUCUGUAAGGGCAAAACGGUCACUUGCACGAAGCGCAUACAACAGAGGCGAAUACGAAAAAUCAAAACUUUUAUGGGAAUCCGCAAUGAAGUUAAAUUCUUUAUAUCCAGAUGGAUGGUUUGCUUUAGGAGCAGCUGCUUUGAAAGCUAGAGAUCUUGAAAAAGCUUUAGAUGGAUUCUCACGUGCUGUUCAACUCGAUCCAGAUAAUGGAGAAGCAUGGAAUAACAUUGCAUGUUUACAUAUGACAAAAAAGAGAAGUAAAGAGGCGAUGGUUGCGUUUAAGGAGGCUUUGAAGUACAAACGUGACAGCUGGCAAAUGUGGGAGAAUUAUAGCCAGGUGGCAGUUGAUAGUGGGAAUUUUUGUCUAGCUUUGGAAGCUGUAGAGAAGGUGUUGAGUUUGAGUAAGUAUAAGAGAGUUGAUGUUGAGUUGUUGGAGAGGGUAAUGGUGGAAAUUGAAAGGGUAGAAGUGGAAAGAAGUCGCGAAAGUGAGAUGAUUGGGGAGAUUUUGAAGGGUGUUGUGAAAAACGGUGGUGGUGGUGGUGGGGUUUGGGGGUUGUUUGGGAGGUGGUAUAAGUUGAAAGGUGAUCUUGCAAUGUGUUGUGAAGCUUUGUUGAAGGAGGUUAGGGCGUAUCAAGGGUCGGAAGUUUGGAAGGAGAAAGAACGAUUUGUGAAGUUUUCAAGGGCAUCUUUGGAAUUAUGUAAAGUUUAUGUUGAGAUAGGUGGGCGGAGGGAAUUGUGUGCAGGUGAGAUGCACCUUAAGAGCACGAUCAAACAGGCAGCUUUGAAGUUUUCAGAAACCCAAGAAUUUAAAGAGCUCCAAGCUUUUCUUGAUAAAUUGCAAGCCAUGUUACAGGAUACUUCUGUUUGA